AAGGUGCUCAAACGGCAGCCAGAAAACAACUGAGACGAAGCAUAAAUACCUCGACUAUGUACGUACAAUCCCUCAAGACGCACUGCAUGCUUGGAGACUCUGCCUGUCUGUGAUCCAUGGCAAGCAAAUUAUGACAUGUCCUCCCGUCCUCAAACCCAUCUUCUCCUUAUGGCUCAAAUCAUGUAAGAGCGUAUCCUCCUUCUCCCAGUAAACCCCUCGAUGUCUUCAACCUUGUCGACCGAAUAUUCUGAGUAUCUCUUCCUCGAGAGGGGUAUACAGUCCCUCGACAUCGCGUUAUGGAUCGGCAUGAUCCAGUCGCGUUCGAGGGAGAUUGCUGCAGCUGUUAUCAAGAAGGCUGAACACUACAAAGACGCAGACGGAGUCGCCCACGAAUUCCUCGCCGUACAUCUUGACCAUUCUUCAAUCGAAGACGACAAUGGUCAGGUGGUCCUCUCCAUUGAGCGCACAGCUGGUCCCUUCAGCACGGCGCCCCUCUGGAAUGCCAUAACCAACCUGUCUUCCCUUGCCACAGACAGAAUCACAAUUCCAUUUCCUUAUGUCAAAGAUCCCAUCGCCUUCAUCAACCACUCUUCGCAUGUCAUUCUUCUUUCAACCCUUGAGUUUCCUUCAGAGACCGCUCCUAACGAUCUUGAUCUUUCUGUCAUCCUCGAUUGUGCUUCCCGCAGACAUCCUUCGUAUGACUCCAGAUUCCAAUCUUACUGAUAUGCUAGUCUGGUCUUUGAUUCCUUAAAGGGCAUCUUUCGAGGACAACAACGCGAUUCGAAGCUUGCGCCUAGACGCGGCUAUUUCAGAGCCAUCAAAGUACCGACCUCGAAUGGAUGGGCUGAACCCAAGCAUGAGUAUUUCCAAGGGGGUACUCACACAGAGUCUUGUCGGUUCUAGAGAAGAGCGAGAGUGUAACUGCCAUCGACGGUAUCCUAGGCGUUCCUACUGCAUUCCUGUCACCCACAGGCUCCGAGACUGAUACGGAUGACAGGCAAGUCUCGCGUCUCACGAAAGCCGCGGUUGUCGUCAUGCGAUUUCCACUUUCCUGUUUGCUAGCGAAGGACUCUUGUUAGGUUGGAAGAGGCACAGAGCGUUCGUCUGUCUACGUUUUUUUUUUACAUACGCUGCGGACGGUGUAUGAUGGAUGUGCAGGCAAGUAAUGGUUUCACAGCAAAAUGCAUAAUCGUAUAUAGUCGCUUCGACCAAGAAGUAACUCGAAUGUGUACGUACAAUCCCUCAAGACGCGCUGCAUGCUCAGAGACCCUGCCCGCCCACGAUGGCAAGCAAAUUAUGAUGUCCUCCCGUCCUCAAACCCACCUAUCUUCAACCACCAACAACGAUCAGAACUGAUGAGUGAAUAACGCAUCGUCAUCCGUCCGCGUGGGCUCUGCAGUACCUCCGUUCUCCGCCCUCCGCUCUCCAUACAGUCCGCCCUCGGGAUCCUCGGGGAAAUUCGUCGUCGACCCGCUCCUCCGCGAGAACGAGUCUCCGUCCAGAUCACCUGCCUUGGACCGCGUCGACCUCUUCUUUUUCUUUUUCUUCGGGGCCACCUCGCCCCCGUUCGCGUAUGCAUCCUCCGUGCGCGCCCACCGGUCCUGCUUCUUCUUCUUCUUCAGCGUGCCUCCAGACUGUGGAAGGGUAUCCUCGAAGUUCGCAGGGUAGUGCCACCGCCCAGACGUCGUGCUCGCAGCGUCGCUAUUGCGCUGCCCAUAGUACUGCUCCUCCUCCGGGUUCCAGAGCUCGCCGCCGUGCCCGUUGCCGUUGGGGGCUGUGGAUCGCCCACCGCGGUUCUCGGUAGAGAGAUCGAUGCUGCUCGAGCCCGGUUCCUGACCGUCCUCGUACGACUGGCCCUCCAGAGUGGAGCGUGGGAGACGCUCCGCGUACCGGCC